UCCAACACUGACAGCUGCAUGCGCACAGUCGAUCAGUAAACAUUCUGGACGAUGCAUGUUGCGUGAUUUGACGUAUUCGACGAAUUUCGGAGAAAUUCCGCAUGCGGAACGUCAAUCGCGAUUAGGAUCUCAGUGGGAGAGAUAAUAUCUUAUUUUUUUAAAUAGCCUUUUUCAUCAUGGAUACGGACAGGCCUUUGCACGAGGAUUGGAAGAAACGGGCUUUUGUGGGACCACUACCAGAUAGUUUCUUGAGAAUAGAAGAACGCAAUGCACAGUUGCAGCAAGAAGCAGCGGAUCAACAAGCUGCUCUGGCUCUUCAACAGCAGAUGCAAAGUAUGCCAGUAACUCAUGAUCCACGAGUUGGUAGGCUUAGUGUAACAAUAUCUCAGGCCAAAUUAGUAAAAAAUUAUGGAAUGACAAGGAUGGACCCUUAUGUAAGAUUACGAGUAGGACAUUCAGUAUAUGAGACACAUACAGAUUCAAAUGGUGGAAAAAAUCCACAUUGGAACAAGGUGAUUCAAUGCCUCCUUCCACCUGGAGUUAAUCAAAUAUACAUAGAAAUUUAUGAUGAAUGUUCCUUUGUGAUGGAUGAAUUAAUUGCAUGGGGUCAUAUAGAAAUUCCACCACAAGUUAUUCAGAAGGGAGAAACGCACGAAGACUGGUACAUGCUUAGUGGAAAGCAGGGAGAGAAUCAGGAAGGCAUGAUCAAUUUAGUUUUCAGUUACACGAAUAAAUCUCAUCCAUAUAUGGGUUCCUCUUCAAUAAUGAUGGUUCCUUCUACAACAAUGUUUGGAAUGCCUUAUGCUCCAGUAAAUGUUUAUACAGCACCUCCAGCUAUUGCUACACCAGCAGCUAUACCAAGUUCUUUGCCAAAUGCUGAGGUUGAAUUGAAACAGAUUGCAGAAAUGUUUCCAAAUGUUGAUAAAGAAGUUAUUAAAUCAGUAUAUGAUGCUAAUCAAGGCAAAAAAGAUGUUACAAUUAAUUCGUUGCUUCAAAUGUGUGAAUAAGCCUCAAUUUUUUUAUACAGUUUGCCAUAUGUAAUUUUAUCAUAUACCUUUUGUUGAUAAGUAUUUCUUUGGAAUAUAAUAUACGAAAAUCUAAUUUGUAAUACUUCCAUACGUAAUAAUUAAGAUUAGAGUAUAUUAUUUGAGUACAUGAAAUCAUAUCGUUUUGAAGCAGCAUAUUACUUUUAA